AUGGCACUGCUUUCGAAUUUUCUUACAUCCAAAACCAACCAUCCAAUCUGGCUGAAGAUAUAUGUUAUCUUUACCAAUAUCCUGACGGGAUUGCAAACAGUUAUCCAUGUGAUCCAAGCAUUCGAGAGCAUCGAUUCGGCUAUUCCUCAAGCUGAGGGUAUAUUCUUAGCCCAAACAUUCGCUCGUCCUCCUUCGCAGGCAAUGCGCAUUGUCGACAUUUUGAGCGAGGUUUGGUCAUUAAGUUCUCUGGCAUUCGAUGUUAUCACAACCCUCAGUAGUGAGUACUUUGGACGGUUAAGUGAUGGUGUACUGAAUAACAGUACUUUGGACAUUGACGCGAUUCGGCCUCCUGGACUCAUAGAACUAAAAGUUAACCACUGUGUCUUGGUAGUCGUUUGGCAAGUUCUAUGGGCCUCGGCGGCCCCUCCCUUGAUACUUGUUACUAUCAGUAUUGUUGAUGGUUAUCUGAUUCCGGGUAGUUCAAAAGUGGUCGGGGUUAUUUCGAUUGCCAUGAUGGGAAAGAUUAACGUGCUAUCUCUCAUGAUUAAUGUAGUCGGCCAAGAACACAUUCGCCAGCAAUUCCAGCGACGAUGGAAUACCCCUUCCCCCCCGAGAGAGACAUGGUUCCAGAAACAAACAAACCAAACGUCCCGAUCCGAUUGGCCGGCAGUCCAUGUAACUGUACAUGCCGAAACGGUUGAACUCAGAACAGUGACCGAGUCAGUAACAAGUAAUAUCAAACGCGAAGAAUCCAAAAAUGAUAACUUGGAUAUGGCUUUAUCCGAUACCAUCAGUCUGAAAUGUGAUGAAGUGGGCUCUCGUUAUGAUGUUCGUGACACACAGAUAUCAAGUAGUCCGAGGAACUAG